CUGGCGCAGUAAGCCAGCAUCGUGCACUUAUAUUUUGCCAACUUAAGACUAUGCUCGAUAUCAUAGAGAAAGAUUUGCUUGAAGCUUACAUGCCUUCAGUAACCUACCUACGUCUAGAUGGAUCAGUGGACGCUAACAAACGACACGGAAUUGUACAACAAUUCAAUAAAGAUCCAUCAAUUGACGUUUUGCUACUUACAACCCACGUUGGUGGAUUAGGCAUCAAUUUGACAGCCGCAGAU